UUUUCAGCAGAUGCGGACUCGCGGCAUGCGAAUGGUACGCGAUACGGGUCAGCUGAACCUGCCUCCAGCAAAGAAUUUUCAAAGUUUUCCAGCGAUUAUGAAAACGAAGUGGUAAUUUUAAAUUUGGCAUGUGCUGAUUGCGAAAUAUGGAAUCGUGAGAAAUGGUGGAGGGAAAGAGUAGCUGUUCAGGACGAACUCUUGCCUUAUGAAGGUGUCGGGGAUAUAAUACUGAAGUAUGUCUCCGAGCGAGGGCCCCAAGACAUCAGUAGCCUCCCAAAACUGAUUCGGAAGGAACUUGGCGUGGAUGUUGAGGCGUCCAGUUUUAAGGAAACGAGUUGGUCAAAAACUCUUCGAGCCCUUGUUGAUAGAGGGAGUCAUUCUAGUUUAUGUCUUGUUGGCAACAAAGUUGGACUGAAAGUGGAUUUGGAGAAACUCGUUCGGAAAGGUUAUCGGUAUGAUAAUGACUGUGGCUUUAUUGCACAAAAAGUUUACAAUCUCCUAAUGUUGACUGCCGAUCGAAGACUUCCUCUGCAAAAGAUUCUUGAUAGUCCAAUAGGUUGCACCGCCUCCUGUAUUUUGGAGAUGCAGCGUAUUUUUGAAGAUGUAUUCGAGUGGGAUUUUGCCUACGGUCUGCAUACUCGACUUUAUUAUUCUCUUUCUGUCAUUUUUGUACAACUUCGUUUAUUGUAUCCUUCACGUUAUUGCGAUGCACCUUUCGUUGAAUUCUUUAACUUGCUCAUUGGAGAGAGGUUGGAUAGGGAAUCAAGGAGAAGGGAGUGGGGAUUAACUCAUUACAAAUGCGAUUUACUUUUGCUCUGGGAUGAACUUCAAAUGAAACAUUCUGACUAGCACAAUGCUUUUUUUGUGAGGAAGGUCAGAAAUGAAAGUUUGGAUCGCCAUUCAAGUCCACUGCAAAGUCGGUUGGGUGACAUACCGCAGAUUACACUCUGUGAUCUUUGGCUGGACAGAGUCGGUGAAAAAAAUUUUGUUUUUUGGACCUCGUUUGUACUAAAAGAACAUUGUAUAAUGAAGAAAAGAGAAUUUUUUCAAGAAGAAAUUGAUCAGUUUUAUUCGGAAAACUGGGAUAGCGCUAAAUACAGAAUCGAUAGUUUUAAAGAAGGAUUAUGUUGUAUUGUAUAUCAGAACUGUCCUGAUCAUAGGGAACAUUUCUAUAGGGCCAAGGUGCUUCGUCUAAAAGGCGCAGAAUUAGUGGUUUCACUUAUCGAUUAUUCUAAGAUUUUGCCAUCGGUUCAUCGGGAAAGUGCGCGAGCAUUAGAAGAUGGGUUCUUAAAAGUUGCGUCUUUUGGGAUUGACAUCAGCACGGAGGAAUUCGGUAUCGUCACUAAUAAAAUGGACGAAAUUGAAAAAACGUUUUUUGAACUGCGUGAUCUGUUCUUGAAUACAAAAGAGUCGGUUUGCGCCAAAAUUACUUUUGAGAAUCCCGAUAUGACGCUGUUCUGGUCUCUUCUGCCCCAUGUUGAAGCUGAUUUCGACCACAGGAUCUAUUUUCUGGAGUUCUUACUAGCUAUUUUCUGGAGUGUUGACAACUCCACCGCGUGGUUGUGCUGGUCUAGAGAGCCCAGUGGAAUCGACGAGCCGUGUUUUUUAACGAUGUCUAUACAGAGUGUUUCUUUGAAUUACGGUUGCCCGGAGGAAGGUGCGCAUGUGACGCUUACACCUCUCGUGUCAAGUUGCACUACCAAGAUGGAAGUCUCCUGGCUUCAGCUGCAACCUGCGGUUUAUGCUCUCAUGAUCAACACUGAGCCUGGAUCUGCUGGGAAGGAGCGCACUGCAGUUCUCAGAUUUGCAAUGGUGAGGCUUUGCGUACAGUACAACGAAAACGGUAUUAUCGAAUGUGCCAGCCUUUGUCCGAAAAAUUUUCGGCUAAGCAAGGGCAUGUUUCUGUUUUCCGCUAUCGGUGGGUCCCAUGACACGAAUGCUUCCGUUUGUAAUCUCCCUGUAGUUUUUCAGAAUGGAAAUCUUAAGAAUGUCGAUUCGCGUAAAUUAACUCGUACCUAA